CAGAGUCUGACAGUUGGACAUCUGACAUCACAGCUGCUGCAGGCCCUGUGCGCUCAAUAAGAGAAGAAUGUGUCGCCUAUCAGUCACCGAGGGGAUCAAGUCUUCGGAACUGUCCCACGCGUUCAAUGCGCCGUGCAAAGCAUCACUGAGAGAGACAGAGUGAAGAGGACUGCAGCAGCAGCAGCAGUAGCAUCCUGCCUGGACACCUCACAGCAACCUGUCUCCACUCAAGAUCCAUUUAAGUUAAUUAGGGCUUGGCAGCGUCUUUCAGCUUUCAAGUCCUCUCUUCGGACUGUGGUGUGUCACGAUGAGGAGUCUGGCGCUACUGUUAGGGGUGAAAGCCGCUUGCAUCCUUCUGGUGUCUUCGCUCUCUGGCACAGGGGCCGUCAACAACAGCGGCCGGUGGUGGGGUAUUGUCAAUGUGGCUUCCUCAUCCAACCUCCUCACCAAUUCCAAGAACGUGCAGUUGGUCCUGGACCCAAGCCUGGCCCUUCUGAGCCGUCGCCAGCGCCGGCUGAUUCGGCAGAAUCCUGGCAUCUUGCAUGCCAUCGCUGCUGGACUGCACAAUGCCAUAAAGGAGUGCAAGUGGCAGUUCCGCAACCGCCGCUGGAACUGCCCGACCACCCACAGUCCAGCCGUUUUUGGCAAAAUUGUCAAUCGUGGUUGCCGAGAGACAGCAUUUGUAUUUGCCAUUACCAGUGCAGGAGUGACCCACGCUGUGGCUCGUUCCUGCUCAGAAGGGGCCAUUGAGACGUGCACAUGCGAUUAUCGCCGCCGAGGUCCUGGAGGACCAGACUGGCACUGGGGGGGCUGCAGUGACAAUGUGGAUUUUGGCCGGAUGUUCAGCCGUGAGUUUGUGGACUCCAGUGAGAGGGGCAGAGAUCUGCGCUACCUCACCAACCUACAUAAUAAUGAAGCCGGCAGAAUGACUGUGUCAUCAGAGAUGCGUCAGGAGUGUAAGUGCCAUGGCAUGUCUGGCUCUUGCACAGUGCGUACCUGUUGGAUGCGUCUGCCCAGCUUCCGCACAGUAGGAGACUUUCUUAAGGACCGGUUUGAUGGUGCAUCCAGAGUUGUUUACGCCAACAAGGGCAGCAACCGUGCCUCUCACCGAGCCGAUCCCCGACAUCUAGAGCCUGAAAAUCCAGCUCACAAACCCCCCUCUGCUAUGGAUCUUGUCUAUUAUGAGAAAUCACCCAACUUCUGCUCCUACAAUGGCAAAACUGGCACUUUGGGAACAUCGGGGAGAAUGUGCAACAGCUCUUCUCCUGGCCUGGAUGGAUGUGAACUGUUAUGCUGUGGACGUGGGUUUAAGUCCCGGACUGAGAGCGUCACUGAACGCUGCCACUGCACAUUCCACUGGUGCUGUCAUGUCAGUUGCCUGAACUGCACCAGUACACGAACGUUACAUCAGUGUCUAUGAUCAAACAUGGACACCUUGGCAAACACUUAGGCAUGUAUAAGGAGCAAAGAAGAACUUAGGUAGUUGGUUAAGAAAGCCACUUGCACUAAAGUGGUUUAAGAUGUUAGGACUGAGGCUGGAAAAGCUUCAAGGCGGGUAAACCAAUACAGGGAAUUCCUGGCACAAAAUUUCAAUCAGUAUUUUUAAACUUUGGAGAAAGCACAAGUAUGUGAACAGGGUAUAGAGGGAGUGUAUGUGUUUCUCUUUGUCUUUAAUGCUUCAAAUUAAGUACAUUAACACUACAACCAUGCAUGUAGAAUGGAAAUUGUCCACAUCCCUCAAGUGUUUACACGCUGGAUAAAUAGGAGUAAAGGGACAAGAGGAUGUGGUGGAGAAUCGAUUGCUAUAACCAGGUACCACUAGGGCCUUUUUCUCCCCCACAAAGGGCAGAAACUGGACACAAUGUUUCACAGAUGUUUCUCUGGCCACAGAGCCACAAACAUGUCCUCUCAUAAACUGGUGAGGACCUCUAACAAGAGGGAGCUUAUUUAAAAAAAAAAAAAGUGUUUUGUUUUCUCUUGCUGAAGUUCGGCUUCCCUCCCGAAACUGCGUGAAGUUUAUCUCCCUGGAUGGGAUAUCUGUUCCAUGCUUGUGUACUUAGGAACUGGAUGCAACCCAACUGCUUCCAGUUUCCGUGCCACAUUUGCCCUUUUUUUGUUUAGAUUUCUCCAGAUCUGAAUUCACCUCAGUGCUGAUGUACCACAGGAUGGUCCUUAUGUUACAUGACUAGGAGCAAGGAAAACAGAGACUAACUCAACAAAUCUUACCGGGGCAAUUUAAUUUGAAUGUAUUAUCAAUACACUGAAUAUCAUGGCAAGACUUAUGCAAAACUGAGGGAUCAAUAUGUAAAAAAAAUAAAUAAAAAAGAUAAAAUGACAAAUAAAAAUGUGACCGAUCAAACAUGCUCUUAAAAGAAAACUGAUGCCACUCUAAGGUGUACUUUGAUGGAACAAAAAAACACAAAAGUCCAAAAAAUGCACGCAUGCAUGAAGGAUGACAAUAUUCCAGGCUUAAAGUAGGCAAAUGGUCCAUUACUUCAAGCUAGGUUGUAUGAAAAUAUUUUAAAGAACACAGCCUCCGCAGGUUUAAAAAAACAAAAAAACAUACUGUAUAUCAGCUAAGAGGACCAAAAUG